UGUGUACCGUGAUGCAUAUCUCCGACAUCCACCGCUAGAGUCACGUUUUAACGCUUUCAAUCGCCCUUCAAAGGGCGCAUUUUGCUUCGUGGUGUUGUGUCGUGGUGGUCUUCUAUUGGUUUGGUCAGCAUAGCUUCACUUCACGCCGAUCAGUGCACGGUGCUCAUCAUCCAUCUAUUAUCCUUUGAACAGCUCUCAGAGUUUACUACGUCAUUUGACAGGUCGGUGGUGCUGUCAAAAGCGGCGAAGAAAAUUGCGCCAAAAGCAAACAAAGUGCCCGGGCGGGUGGAAAAGCGUGUGUUCGUAGUGAACACGAUAUGGAUACCAACAGCCUGCUGAACAUGAACCUGGCGCUGAAUGUCGCCCGAAAGUGUCGCAUCUGCGGCAUGGAUAUCCUCGACCUGUCCUGUGCGUUUUCGAUCUUCGGCAGCGAUCGGCUAGAUCACAAAAUCGAACGUUAUCUGCAGCUGAACAUCCAAGCUGACGAUCUUUUACCGAAAUGUAUUUGCGGUUCCUGCUAUCUGAAACUCGAAAGUAUAGAUCAAUUCGCUUUGAUGGCGAACAGAACGGAGGAUGCCUUCCGGGCGUGGAUUCGCCGCUUGCGAGGCCUCAACUGUUCCGACGAGCCGGUGCAAAACGUCAAUCUAGUUUUGCCCCUCUUUAGACCCCAACAGUCGACGGCGGCGACCGAUUGCUCAGGCGACCAGAAAAGCAAUAUCCAAGCAUUUCACAUGAAGGAACAACAACAACAACAACAGCGGUUCUUCGUUGCCUCCGGCCUUCAGAAGCCGGUUCCAGCGGCCAACUUUACACAGGGCAACAUCACCCCCGCGGAGGUCAGCACCAUAUCGUACAGCGAUCUGAAACUUGGACUUCUGAUCAAAGACCAGGAGCUACUGAAGCUGAUCCUGAAAGCCCUGAAGUGGGCCGAAAAUGAUCGACGAGCAUCGUUCGAUGUGCUGAUACAGCGAUUGAAAAACUCGAGCUUCCGCGAGAUCCUCUCCAAUCACAAUCUGCUCAACGAUGGCGAUCUGACGCAGCUCCUGAAGUCCUACAUCGGUCAGGGGGUAAUGAACAGCUUCACGUCCCCACCUGCGACAGCAUCAACCGGUGCAACCGUCAACGCUAAUGUGCCGCCCCCAUUGGUGUUAUCGUCGUCCAUCGUGCCCCCGGCGGGUAAUGUUUUGGGAGGCCAUAUCGGCCAUUUUAAACUGGCACCGGUUCCACCGCAAACGGCGAUGGGUGCAGGAAAUACGUUUAAAAUCGAUGACGCCUCUGUAACGCAGAUGGAAGUGGGCAUUGAUCCUGAUCUUUACCUGCCGUACGACGAUGAAGACAGCAGCAGUGCGACCAAGUUUGACCACAGAUUUGACGAUCGGCAAGAUAACACGGUGACUAUUAAAUUGGUUACAACAUCCGAUAACUCUGAAGACGACCGGAAGAUGAUUCCUGCUAUUCUGAACGUUCGCAGCAGCAACCGGUUUCAGUGCAGCGUCUGUCCGGAGUGUUUCGCUACAAAUGGCGAACUGCAGCAACACAUUGUCCAGACUCAUCUUCCAACCGCACGCCCAAUGCCAUUGAUGUCGGAACAUGGCAAACCGGCGAUCAAGAUCCGGGUACGCAAAACCAAGCAUUUACUAUCGGCUCCACCGCUGCAGCCUACACCGGUCAAACCACUGGUCAGUUCUCCGGUAGAAACGGUUUCCAAAACACCACCCCCUUUGACGAUCGUACCAUUAAAGAUACCCGCUUCAACCACGAUCACCGUGGUUCCGGUUAGCAAACCUCAACCAUCAACAGGGGAAAAUGUGAAAUCAGUUCCCGUACGAGAACCAUUGCAAGAAUCGCCACCAAAGGUGGAACUGACACGCAAGUCGCAGCGAAAACCGGUGAAGAAAGUAAAUCCAUCGAGCCCGGUCCCUUCGCACAAGCAAAAGGUGACGAAAGCAAAAAAGUCAACCCCAACGCCCGUGGAAGAAGAGCGGCACCCGGUGACGAAGGUGUCCCGCAGGACGCCUUCCGCGUUUUGUACCGUGUGCCGGAAAACGUUACCGGCCCGCGAAAGCAUUCGGGAUCACAUGGAAAGGCAGCACUCUCGGUUCGAGUGUGAAAAGUGUGGCCGAGCGUUCAAAAGUGCCGUCAACUUGGCACGCCAUCAACAGUGCCACGCAGGGGUGAUGGUCGAGGAUCAGUCUGCGAAAACGAAACCCCAGAACUCACCAGGAGAUGAGCUGCACAAGUGCACGCAUUGCGACAAGGUGUUCCGGAAGUUGCUUCAUUUGAAGUUGCACCUGAACAAUCAUCACAACGAAAGCAAGAGCACCGUAAAGCCGAGCUCCACCGGUGCUGCCGCCGGAACUGUGACAUCGCUUCGCAAGCGAACGCCGAAUGGUGCCAUUGCAGGAAGCAGCGUGUCUGAAGUUGGCCGUACAAAGCGUAAAAGUACAAUAACUAGAAAAUAGCCCACUGAAGGGAGUGUUGCAGUAGUAAACAAAAAUAAUGCAAACGAAAGAGGCUAACGUAAGAAAACUGUGCCCGUGACCGAAGAGGCUCUAAAAGGUGCCGUGCAAAGUGUAUUAAGUUAGACCAAAAUACGUUCGAUACAAUCGCAUACAUCACCGUUUGGUAUGUUCGUAAGCUUAAGUUGGUUUUUAGUAGCGAAUAGGAAAAUGCUGAAUAUAGUAUGCACAAACCAGUUGAUUUC